GAGCAGCAGCGUGCCUGCGGGGCUGCCCACACGGGCAUCCCAGCCCAGCCCAGCCUUCCCUCUGGGUGACCUUGGGCUCAGCUUCUCCCGCUUGCUUGGAGAGCUGUUGAUUUACAAUGCAGAUUCAUCGGUCCUCGCCUGCCUGUCCCUGCCCCUCCUGAAUUUGGCUGGGAUAUAAGAGGCUGUUUGCUUUCUGAUGCCAACAGUGGCCAUGGCAGAGAGCCCUGCCACGUGAGAGGCAGAGAUAGAGGAGAGGGGGCCAAGGAGGAGCGAGCUGUGCGGCAGCUAUUGCUUCUGGUGGCUGAGGAGCACAUCUGCAGGGCAGGAUGUCCAUGCUUACCCCUGUCCUGCAGCCGCCGGAGGUGAAGGAGUAUCUGUCCAAGGGUGAGCGCUUCAUCAAAUGGGAUGAUGAAACAGGAAGUGCUUCCCCUGUGAUUCUUCGAGUGGAUCCAAAGGGCUUUUACUUAUACUGGACCCAUCAGAAUAAGGAGAUGGAGAUUUUGGAUCUAACCAGUAUCCGAGAUACUCGAGUAGGGCGAUUUGCCAAGAUCCCCAAGUGCCAGAAGCUCCGGGAGGUGUUUAACCUGGACUACCCUCACAGCACCUUCCUGCUUAAGACUCUGACCAUCGUGUCUGGCCCUGACAUGGUUGACCUCACUUUCCAUAACUUCGUGUCCUACAAGGAGAAUGUUGGAAAGAGCUGGGCUGAGGAUAUUCUGGCCAUCGUUCGGAACCCUCUCACAUACAACGCCUCUCGGUACACCUUCCUAGAGAAAAUCCUGGUGAAGCUGAAGAUGCAGCUUAAUGCAGAGGGGAAGAUUCCUGUCAGGAAUAUUUUUCAGAUGUUCCCUGCAGACAGGAAGAGGGUGGAAGCAGCAUUAAGUGCCUGUCACCUUCCAAAGGGCAAGAAUGAUGCCAUCAACCCAGAGGACUUCCCUGAGACCGUCUAUAAAACUUUCCUGAUGAAUCUGUGUCCACGGCCUGAGAUUGAUGAGAUAUUUACCUCACACCAUUUAAAAGCAAAGCCCUACAUGACCAAAGAGCACUUGGCAAAGUUCAUCAACAAGAAGCAGCGAGACUCUCGCCUCAAUGACAUCCUCUUCCCUCCAGCCAAACCUGAGCAGGUGCAGAGCCUCAUAGAGAAGUAUGAGCCCAGUGGGAUCAACAUCCAGAGAGGGCAGCUGUCUCCAGAGGGGAUGGUCUGGUUCCUCUGUGGCCCUGAGAACAAUGUGAUAGCACUGGACAAACUGUUGCUGUACCAGGACAUGACUCAACCGCUCUCACACUACUUCAUCAACUCGUCCCACAACACGUAUUUAACAGCUGGUCAGUUCUCCGGCAUCUCCUCUCCCGAGAUGUACCGGCAGACGCUGCUGAGCGGCUGCCGCUGCGUGGAGCUGGACUGCUGGAAGGGCCGCCCCCCGGAGGAGGAGCCCAUCAUCACCCACGGCUUCACCAUGACAACCGAGAUCCUCUUCAAGGAUGCCAUUGAGGCCAUUGCAGAAAGUGCUUUUAAAACAUCUCUCUACCCUGUCAUCCUGUCCUUUGAGAACCACGUGGACUCGCCCAAGCAGCAGGCGAAGAUGGCUGAGUACUGCAGAACUAUAUUUGGAGAUAUGCUGCUGACAGAGCCACUGGAGAAAUACCCACUGAAGCCAGGAGUUCCUCUGCCAAGUCCUAAGGAUCUCUUAGGGAAGAUCCUGAUUAAGAACAAAAAGAACCAAUCUGUAUGUGGGAAGAGGCAGAACUCUUUGAAGAAAGGGAGGAAUGUGGAACCAGAAAUCAUUGAGCUGCCAACCCCUACGGAUGCUGAAGAUACUGUCUGGGCAGGUGAUGUGCCUGAAGAGGAACCAGAGGAAGAGGAUGAACAUCUUGGAAACCUGGAUGAAGAGGAAAUUAAAAAGAUGCAGUCGGACGAGGGCACUGCUGGUUUGGAAGUGACAGCCUAUGAGGAAAUGUCCAGCCUGGUCAACUACAUCCAGCCCAUCAAAUUUGACUCCUUUGAAGUCUCUGCCCAGAAGAACCGCAGUUAUGUCAUCUCCUCCUUCACGGAGCUGAAGGCUUAUGAUCUCCUGACCAAGUUCCCCAUGCAGUUUGUGGAAUACAACAAGCGGCAGAUGAGCCGGAUUUACCCCAAAGGCACCCGGAUGGACUCCUCCAAUUACCUGCCCCAGAUGUUCUGGAACGUCGGCUGUCAGAUGGUGGCACUCAACUUCCAGACCAUGGAUGUCCCCAUGCAGCAGAACAUGGCUCUGUUUGAGUUCAAUGGCCAGUGUGGGUAUCUGCUCAAGCAUGAGUUCAUGCGGCGGCCAGACAAGCAGUUUGACCCCUUCUCCGUGGACCGCAUUGACGUGGUGGUGGCCAGUACCCUCUCAGUCACGAUACUCUCUGGUCAGUUCCUCUCUGACCGCAGUGUGAAGACGUACGUGGAAGUGGAGCUCUUUGGGUUGCCAAAGGACACGAAGCGCAAAUACAGAACCAAGCUGACCUCCACGGCCAACUCCAUUAACCCUGUGUGGAAAGAGGAGGCUUUUGUUUUCGAAAAGAUCAUGAUGCCCGAGUUGGCUUCUCUCAAAAUUGUGGCCUGGGAGGAAGGAGGGAAGUUCAUUGGUCACCGCAUCAUUCCCAUCAUUGCAGUGCACUCGGGCUAUCACCACAUCUGUCUCCGCAGCGAGAGCAACAUGCCCCUUACCAUGCCCUCCCUGUUUGUGUACCUGGAGAUCAAGGACUACGUUCCUGAUGCUUGGGCAGAUCUGACUAUUGCUCUCUCCAACCCCAUCAAGUUCUUCAAUCUGCAAGACAAGAGAUCAGUGAAGUUGCAAGAUGGCUCAGUGGAGAGGCUGGGCGCACAGAGGAACGCGUCUGCUGAAAUGAAUGGGAUGCCAGACUCCAGUGGGAAAUUCAGCCUGCCUCAUUCCAACGGGCCUGCAGGAGCAGCAGCAUUUGCCAAGGAUGAGAAUGUGGUGGAGGUGCUGCAGAUGGCAGAGCCAGAGACAGCCAGCCUCACAGAGCUGCAGCAGAUGAAGCUCUUCCUCAAGCUGCUGAAGAAGCAGGAGAAGGAGCUGAGGGAGCUGGAGAGGAAAGGGAGUAAAAGGAGGGAGGAGCUGCUGCAGAAAUACUCUGUGCUCUUCUCGGAGUCUGUCUGCUACGGAGGCAAGAAAAGGGUGGUGAACAACAGGAAAACCCUGAAGAAGAGGAGCUUGACAAGAGGUGAUGUUGGUACCUGUGCACAUCCUAUAGACACGGCAGAGAGUGCUGACAGCCAAGUUGUGGAGCUGAGGGAGAGGCUGGAGAUGGACCUCGUGCUCCUGGGGGAGGAACACCACGAGGGCAUCCGAAGGAAGAAGGAGCAGCACGCCACAGAGCAAGUGACCAAGAUAAUAGAGCUGGCCCGAGAGAAGCAGACAGCGGAGCUGAAGGCACUGAAGGAGACGUCAGAAAGCAACAUUAAGGAGAUUAAGAAGAGGCUGGAGGCAAAGAGAGUGGAGCGAAUCCAGACCAUGAUGAGGAAUACCAGUGACAAGGCAGCUCAGGAGAGGUUGAAGAAAGAAAUCAACAACUCUCACAUUCAGGAAGUGGUGCAGACCAUCAAGCUGGUGACGGAGAAGACAGCCAGGUACCAGCAGAAACUGGAGGAGAAGCAGGCGGAUAACCUGAGGACAAUCAAGGAGAAGGAAAGCCAGCUCCAGCAGGAGGCACAGGUUGAGUAUGAGGAGAAGCUGAAGAGCCUGAAUAUGGAGGUGCAGGAGAUGGUGAGGAGCUACACAAAAGCCGGUUUUCCUGGGGAGCCAGAGAUGCCGAAGGAACCAGUGCAGAGCCUUCCUGAGGGAGAGCAAGGCCCUACACACCAAUGGGAAGAACAGGCUCCAGUGGGAGAGGCGUCGAGGCUGCCACCAGCCUCAGCUGGGCCCCCCCGAGCUGAAGCAGAGGUUGAGAUUGAGGAAAGUGCACUCUGAGAGACACUUCCCUCACUCACCC